ACCAGUGCAUCACCAACCAGAACGGGAGAAUUUAAAACCCUGGUUCAAACUCCCACCCCCUACAUUUCGCCGGAAAUGGCUUUCGAACCUCAUAAGACCUCUCUUUACCUUCUCAUUUUCCUCUCCCUCCUCCUCCUUACAUAUGCAAGAUUGAAUCUCGAUCAUUCAGACCUCAAAGCCUACUUCAUCAUCUCCAAAGACUUGGGCAUCAGCGGUCAACACAGCUCCUUCAUCCACCCUUGCAGCAGCCCAGGUGUGUUCUGCGAGAGGAGACUAUCUAACAACAACACCUAUGUUCUCAAAAUCACCAGGCUUAUCUUUAAGUCCCAACGCCUCACUGGGUUCUUGUCUCCUGCGAUUGGCCGCCUCUCUGAGCUCAAAGAACUUUCUCUUCCAAAAAACCAACUAGUUGACCAAUUCCCUUCACAGAUUGUUGACUGCGAGAAACUGGAGAUUAUUGACCUUGGAAACAACCAGUUUUCCGGUGAAAUUCCCUCUGAAUUAUCUAAUAUUUUACAUCUUAGAGUUCUUGAUCUCUCCAAUAAUAAGUUCUCUGGCAAUUUGAGUUUCUUGAAGCAAUUCCCCAACUUGGAACGUCUCUCUCUUGCAAAUAAUCUCUUCUCUGGAGUAGUUCCUAAAUCUAUACGUUCAUUUCGCAAUCUCCAAUUCUUCGACUUCACUGGAAAUAACUUCCUUGAGGGACCUGUAAACAAAGCUGGAUCCAUAGAGUCUCAAUACCCAAAACGUUACAUUUUAGCUGAGAAUAAUACAAUCGGGGGAAGCAAAAAUGUUUCUUCUGCAGCUGGACCCACUGCACUCGUGGGUUCUGCUCAAGCUCCUAGCCCAUCGUCGACAAGAGGCGCCCAUCACAAGAGCAAAAAAACCAAAAAGAAGCUUAGUAGGUGGAUCAUAGGAUUUCUCGCCGGAGCAGUUGCUGGAGGUAUAUCUGGGUAUGUGUUUUUGGUAAUGUUUAAGUUUGCGUUGGCAGCUAUCAGAGGUGGAGGAAGAGACUCAGGGCCAGCAAUCUUUAGUCCUCAUGUGAUAAAGAAAGUAGAGCAUUUGGCUUUCUUGGAGAAAGAUGAUGGGCUUUCUAAUCUGGAAGUAAUUGGAAGAGGAGGAUGUGGGGAAGUUUACAAAGCUGAAUUGCCUGAAAGUAAUGGAAAAAUGAUUGCAAUAAAGAAGAUCGUCCAACCAUCAAUGGAUGCUGCAGAACUAACUGAAGAAGAUAGCAAGUUUAUGAACAAGAAAAUGAGGCAAAUUCGAUCAGAGAUAAACACAGUGGGUCAAAUUCGACACAGGAACCUUCUUCCUCUCCUGGCACAUGUGUCUCGGCCCGAUUGCCACUACCUUGUCUACGAAUUCAUGAAGAAUGGUAGCUUACAAGACGCACUGAAUCACGUUUCAAUGGGGACGAGAGAAUUGGAUUGGCUCGUCAGGCACAGAAUUGCUCUAGGAGUAGCAUCAGGCCUUGAAUACCUUCACAUGAGCCACAGUCCACGCAUCAUUCACAGAGAUCUAAAGCCAGCAAACAUCCUUCUUGAUGAUGACAUGGAAGCUCGAAUUGCAGAUUUCGGACUCGCAAAGGCAGUGCCUGAUGCCAAUACGCAUGUUACAACUUCCAAUGUUGCAGGAACAGUGGGAUAUAUAGCACCAGAGUAUCAUCAGACACUGAAAUUCACAGACAGGUGUGACAUCUACAGCUUUGGUGUGCUACUUGGGGUUCUGGUCAUAGGAAAGCUUCCAUCUGACGAGUUCUUCCAAACCACCAGGGAAAUGAGUCUGGUCAAGUGGAUGAGAAAUAUCAUGACAUCUGAAAAUCCAGAGCAGGCAAUCGAUCGGAGUCUGAUUGGUAAAGGGUACGAGGAGCAAAUGCUGCUGGUCCUGAAAAUUGCUUGCUUUUGCACUUUGGAUGAUCCAAAACAAAGGCCUAACAGUAAAGAUGUUAGGUGUAUGCUGUCUCAGAUCAAGCACUAAUUGAGUAUGCAACCCUGGAAGAAUAAUUGGGCAUGUAAAUGCUUCUUUUUUAAGUUUGAUCCUGUCCAAUGCGAUGUUUUGCAUUAUAGGAACUUGAGGUACAUUUCACCUUAAUUUUAGUUUUUAUAGUGAAAUCAUAUUCAAAUUUCAAUUUGUAUAAUAAAAUUCCUUGAAUUGAAGCCCGUGACUACGGGUGCA